AUGUCACUCCGAUUCCCCUUCCACAGUAACUCCUCGUCUUCAUCAGCAAAUUACCAGCCCACAAACCCGCUCUCUCACCCCCCAGACUCAGAGCACCUCCAAUCAUACGAGCAGCACCUCUCCUCCGUAAACUCAACACAGCUAUCUGAGGCCGACCGCUCACUGUGCGAGGAAUUCAUUAGCACGCUGUCCCCCGUGGACGGACGCACACCUGAUACACCCCUCUCAUUAACCUCGCUGCUAACUUCAUCAACGCCCCGAUCGUUCCAUGUGGGCACGGGUCUCUCAGUGACGACGCUCCUGUCGUCAAUCAUUGCCUCUGCUACAACUGAGGUCCUCUUCGUAACAUGCUUCUGGGCGGCGUCAGAGUCGCGGGCGGUCUUUGCAGACGCCCUUAGGACACUCUCUGAUACCGCGCUAGCAAAGGGUAAAGGCCGAAUCCGGGUGAGGAUCGGAUUUUCGUCUUCGGGGCUACUUCAGAAGCUCCGACAUCCGUCGACACCAAAGGGGAAGGAGUAUCCGCCAUCAACAUGGGCAUCCAUGGGGCUACCCGACCCGCGCGAGCUGGAGGGGCUCGAUAUGGCUGUGAAGAGUAUCUUCUAUCUGCCGUUCUCAGUGCUACACGGCAAAUUCUGUAUCGUCGACCGCAAGGUCCUCGUGCUACCUAGCGCCAAUAUCUCAUACGAGGUCUGGGGUGAGUCCGCGACCAUCUUUGAGGGUGCGGUGGUAGACACAUUUCUCCAGUUCUGGCGCGGCGUAUGGGGCAUCGGCGAGGAGGCGAGAAUUGAGGACGACGACGAGGAGGACCUGCUGCUGAUGGGCGACAGCUAUAAAGGCCGUUUCUCGACGAAUCCGGCACUGACACAUCCCACAUUAUUUCUCCCGCAGCCGCACCAUAGACACCCGCGCUUUCCAGCACCGAUAUCGCACUUCUUACCCGCGCCGCCGGCGCACAAGGACCCGAUGGGAACGCCGCAGAAUGCGUUUCUGCUGUUGGCGGUUGCGAAGGCACAGAAGAGCAUCUAUAUACAGACGCCGAAUCUGACCUCGCAGCCAUUGAUUGAUGCGCUGGCGGCGGCAGUCCGCAGGGGCGUGGUGGUGGAGCUGGUGACUUGCAGGCGGAUGAUGACGUUGGAGCAGGUUGUGACGACGGCGGGAGCGGGGAUCACGGAGUGGUGCGUAAGGAGAUUGGUGAAGAGGGUUGUUGCCAAUGCGCUGCCGGAAGGGAAGAGGGGUGCGGGCGGGGGUGGGGGACGUGGGCUGUGGGUGUGGUAUUAUACGGGGGCUGCGAAGGAGGCCGGCGGCGGUGGGUUGAUGGAUAGGGCGGUCAAAAGCCAUGUGAAGGCAAUGAUCAUUGAUGGGAGGAUAACAGUGGUGGGCAGCGCGAAUGGGGACAGGGCAAGCUGGUAUACGAGCCAGGAGGUCAAUGUGGCCGUAUUUGCGGAGGGAUUCGCGAAGGAGGUGCGUAGGGAGCUGGUACAGGGCUUGGGGGGCCGGUUGGAGAGCGUCUUUAGGGGAAGAGAGGAGGAAGGAAAUCCGGGUGUGGGAGUAGAAGCGCGGGUUGGGAGAGAGACGGUUUAG